CGAAUACCACCGUCCAACCAGAGUCGACCUGAAAUUCGUGUGUUACCGACGCUUCCUUGAACUUUGACCCUGGACUAACCUUCAGUUGUGUACAUGUGCGACGAGAGGAGCCGCGCGCGCCGGUCGAGGAAGCUGUGCAGAACAACAUAAAAUGGCUAAAUAUCUCGCCCAGAUCAUUGUGAUGGGAGCGCAGGUGGUGGGACGCGCGUUCGCUCGCGCUUUGCAACAGGAAUAUGCAGCGAGCCAAGCGGCAGCGCGCGCCCGGAGCCGCACAGGUCAGGAGUCAGCCGCAGCCUCCAGCAUCACGGGGAUGAGCCUGCAAGAGGCGCAGCAAAUCCUCAACGUCUCCACACUCACGCCCGAGGAGAUUCAGAAGAAUUAUGAGCACCUUUUUAAAGUCAACGACAAGGCAGUGGGCGGUUCGUUUUACCUCCAGUCAAAGGUGGUGCGGGCUAAAGAGCGUCUAGAUGAGGAACUAAGUAUUCAGUCACAACAACAAAAGCAACCGUCACAACAGAAUACGGAAACAUGAAGUUAGAAAUUAUGUUGGCCCCUUCUAUCCCUCUCCCUGUCCUCUGUAAAUUAUAACCCAAUAAAAGCCUUCUCCUUUUCUCUA